CUCCUUGGGAUCCCAACAGAAGAAAUCCUAACACUGGGACUGUGGUCUUUGUUCAUAAGAUUGCCUGUGUCACUAAUACAAGCCUGGAGAACCAGGAUUUCCUUCAGGUCUCCAGGGCAACAGGCCAGGUGACCAAUCAAUUCCUAGGUAUAGGGUCAUUGUUGGAAGCAGAAAUGUUGCUAUGACUACUGAAACCUUGGUGACAACCAAACACAGCCUGCUCAGUCUCCCAAGACCAUACAAGCAAGUCUGUAGGCAUGUCUGUGGAAAAGAUAACAAAGGUAGAAGAGAGUUUUCAAAGGGCCCUGGGACUUCAGAAGAUGGUUGACAGGUGGCGAAAUUCACACACUCACUGUCUGUGGCAGAUGACACUGAGCCAGAGGAGAAACCCUUAUGCCACCCUAAGAAUGAGGGAUAUCAUGGUACAGGAGUUGGCACUGGCAAACAAGCAACUACUGACGGUCCGUCAGGCUGCCCUGCACCAGCUGUUUGAAAAGGAGCAUCAGCAGUACCAGCAGGAACUAAAUCAGAUGGGCAAAGCUUUUUAUGUGGAGAGACUCUGAUGCCAUCCAAAACACUGUCCUUCCAUUUUCAUCAUGCCCAGUAACCUGGCCUUCUUG